GCUGAGAGCCACAGGAUGGGCCAGCGGAAGCAGAGCAUGCUGGGUACUUCACUCUUUGGCAGCGCUGCCGUUCCUUCUGAGAGCUGAGAAAGAGUUUGUGACGAUCUGCAGCUCGCCGAGCGAUCGCACAGGAACCAUCAGAGAAGUGUGGAGAACCCUGGAGGAGCCCCCUUAUCUGACCGUUGGUACUGAUGUGAGCGCCAAAUACAGAGGGGCUUUCUGUGAGGCCAAGAUCAAGACCGCCAAGAGACUCGUCAAAGCAAAGGUCACUUUCAAACCCAGCUCGUCCACUGCAGAGGUGCACGAUGAACACAUCAGAGGAGUGCUGAAGGUGGGUGCCGUGGUGGAAGCCAGGAACCUGGAUGGGGUCUAUCAGGAGGCCACCAUCAACAAACUCACUGACGCUAGUCUGUACACCGUCGUGUUUGAUGACGGUGAUGAGAAGACCCUCAGGCGCUCGUCUCUCUGCCUGAAAGGAGCGCGACAUUUCGCAGAGAGUGAGACGCUCGACAGGCUUCCUCUGACGAACCCCGAACACUUCGGCUCUCCUGUCAUCGGCAAAAAAGGACACCGCAGAGGCCGACGCUCCAACCCCAUUCAAGAAGAGGAGUCAUCUUCAUCGUCUAGUGAGGAAGAGGAGGGCGAUCAGCAACAAAACGAAGAGCUUUACGGCAAAGUGGUGUGUGUGGAUGGAGUCGUCACUAACGACAAGAAGAGAACCACAUGGUUUCCAGCGCUGGUCAUCUCUCCAGACUGUCACGAAGAUGUGACUUUGAAGAAAGACAACGUUUUUGUUCGCUCCUUCAAAGAUGGAAAAUUUUACACAGUUUUGCGGAAAGACGUUCGAGAGCUGGAUGAGGAGAAAGCUCCUAAAACAGACGCAGGACUCAAACCAGCGUUAGAUGCAGCGUGGGAUUUCCAGCGUAACCGCACUGUUCCCAACACCUGGAGGACGGAGGUGAAGGAUGAAAGCUCCAGCAGUGAGGACGAUGACGAGGAAGAGGAGGAAGAGCAAGAGGAAGAGGCCAGCAACGAAGAGGAAGAGGAGGAAGUAGAGCCGUUCCCAGAAGAGAAAGACAACUUCCUACAACAGCUUUACAAAUUUAUGGAGGACAGAGGAACUCCUAUCAAUAAGCGACCGGUGCUGGGCUACAGGAACCUGAAUCUGUUUAAACUCUACCGGCUGGUGCAUAAGCUCGGUGGAUUUGACAAUAUCGAGAGCGGAUCUGUCUGGAAGCAGGUGUAUCAGGAUCUGGGCAUCCCUGUGCUCAACUCCGCAGCCGGUUACAACGUCAAAUGCGCCUACAGAAAGUAUCUGUAUGGCUUUGAGGACUACUGCGCCUCCACGGGGGUCAUGUUCCGCAUGGAUCUGCCGAAUAAGACGAGCGAGACGACGAGCUCAAAGAGCGAGGUGAACACGGAGGAAACGCUCAACACUGUCUCUUUAAGCACAUCCAGCGCAGGAGAGGAACAGACAGCCCUCAAAGAGCCUGAGACCUCCAACAGCCCACAUGUGGUCAAGGAGGAGGACGCAGAACACACAGCACCUUGUGAAGAUAAAGUGGACAUCAGCAGCGUAAAUGAGGAGGAGGAUGAUCACGCUGAUGAAGAGGAGAGCGAUACGAAAGAGGAGGCCAAAGAAAGCGUCCCGACAGCUCAGAGUCCCGUCACUGAGAGCGUGAAGGAGGAAGCGUGUGAGGAACACCACGAGAAAGAUCUGUCCGGGGAUGUCAGCAGUCAGGAGUGGGAGGAAGGGGAGGAGUUUGAGUGUUACCCUCCUGGGAUGAAGGUGCAGGUGAGGUAUGGGCGAGGCCGCAAUCAGAAGACGUACGAAGCCACUGUGAAAGAGUCAGACCUGGAGGGGGGAGAGGUGCUCUACCUGGUGCACUACUGUGGCUGGAACGUCAGGUAUGAUGAGUGGAUCAAAGCCGAUAAGAUCGUGAAACCAGCCAAUAAGAACGUCCCUAAAAUAAAACACCGCCAAAAAAAUAAAGAAUAAAGCAGAACGAGAAAA